AUGAACCACAAAGAAAACACAAAUGGCGUUAAUGGGUUUCACAGGGAAGACGAUUUUGACCCCAGUAAUCCACCGCCAUUCAAGAUUGCAGAUAUCCGGGCUGCCAUUCCUAAACAUUGCUGGGUAAAGAAUCCAUGGAGGUCUUUAAGCUAUGUUUUAAGGGAUAUUGUUGUGGUUUUUGCUUUAGUUGCAGCUGCAUUUUACUUCAAUUCUUGGCUUUUUUGGCCUCUUUAUUGGGCUGCUCAAGGAACGAUGUUCUGGGCUAUCUUUGUUCUUGGUCAUGACUGUGGCCAUGGGAGCUUUUCAAACAACUCCACAUUAAAUAAUGUGGUGGGUCAUAUUUUGCAUUCUUCAAUUCUUGUGCCUUACCAUGGAUGGAGAAUUAGCCAUAGGACUCACCACCAGAAUCAUGGAAAUGUGGAGAAGGAUGAAUCUUGGGUUCCGUUACCUGAGAAGAUCUAUAAGGAAUUGGAUUUAAGUACACGGAUUAUGAGAUUCACUAUCCCUCUCCCCAUGCUUGCAUAUCCUUUUUACCUGUGGUCAAGGAGUCCAGGGAAAGAAGGUUCACACUUCAAUCCUUAUAGCAACUUAUUUGCGCCUCAUGAGAGAAAAGCUGUGUUAACCUCUACUUUGUGUUGGUCUGUAAUGGCUCUUCUGCUAUUCUGUUCAUGCUUUAUUUUUGGGCCUGUUCAAGUGCUCAAGUUCUAUGGAAUUCCAUAUUGGAUUUUUGUAAUGUGGCUGGACUUUGUUACUUACCUGCAUCACCACGGACAUGACCAAAAACUUCCCUGGUACCGGGGCAAGGAAUGGAGUUACCUGAGAGGAGGGCUAACAACAGUUGAUCGCGAUUACGGAUUUUUCAACAACAUCCACCAUGAUAUUGGCACGCAUGUUAUUCAUCAUUUGUUUCCUCAAAUCCCACACUAUCAUCUAAUAGAAGCGACAAAAGCAGCAAAGCCAGUGCUGGGAAAGUACUACAGAGAGCCAAAGAAAUCAGGGGCAUUUCCAUUUCACUUGUUCGAAAGUCUACUUAGAAGCAUUAGAGAAGAUCAUUAUGUGAGCGACAUUGGAGAAAUUGUGUACUAUCAGACAGACCCUGAGCUAUACAGAAUUCCUAAAAGCAAGUUAAGCUGA